AUGAGUGACGAAAGUGUCAGUAACAGUGAACAACAAGAUUAUACUACACCGUUGCAAAGGACCAGUGUUCUUACUCGAAGGAAUUUACUGGAAGCGUUGACGGGAUCUGGAGUACAGGUAUCGAAACAGGAAUUUUCUAUCGCACAGCAGAAAAACGAGCAGAAAGCAAAAAUGGAGCAACAAAAAUUGGAUAAGUUGCUAGAUACCUUGACGGAUCGUCGUGAUCUAAUAAUGGAAAAGAUGAUGAGAAUACAAGCAUCCCUUGCACAAGAAACCGUUCACAGCAUUUAUUACCUUAAUCUGCAACAGGAAACGAUCCGACGGUGCUAUGAUGAUUACGAAAAGGUUCAUUCCGAGAUUUGUGGUCUUGUCCAGAAGGACAUGAAAGAUGAUCUGCGUGUCGAAUAUUUGAAUUUCGAGCGACUCCAUGAAAAACUAUAUGUGAACGUCCAGACUUUGAUCGCAGGUGUUCAGCGAAUGGAACUAGCACCUAAUAUGCAGAAUGUUGGUGAAUCAAAUGUAUCCCGACCGCAAGCAGUUAACGCAGUACCACAUCUACAAGUACCUUUACCCACUUUCGACGGAAAGUUGGAAAACUGGUACUCGUUCAAAUGUAUGUUCCAGACGAUUAUGAAUCGGUAUCCCAGUGAAUCACCAGCAAUCAAACUCUACCAUCUUAAAAACUCGCUGAUUGGUAGUGCGGCAGGAAAAAUCGACCAAGACGUGAUCAAUAACAACAACUAUGAGUCGGCCUGGAAAAUGCUAGAGGACGCUUAUGAGGAUGAACGUCUGAUAAUCGACACCCACAUUGAUGCGCUGUUGGAUCUGCCGAAGGUGACGAAGGAAAAUGGAGAUGAAUUGCGGAAACUGGUCGAAGUGUCUACGAAACAUGUCGAUGCGUUGAAAAAUCGAGACUUCCCUGUAGAAGGUUUGUCAGAAAUGAUUCUGGUAAACAUUGUCAGUAAGCAUCUCGAUCGAGAGUCGAGAAAAUUGUGGGAAUCGUCACUCAGCCGAGAAGAAUUACCGUCUUUCGGUGAUCUGAUGGAAUUUGUUCGCGAGCGUACGGAUACUUCUGAGAAGCGAAGUGACAGUAGUCACUCAUCGAGUUCUGCUGAUCCUGUUCCAGCCGAAAAUAUGGCCAAUUCCGAACAACGCACGGUAAGCUGCUGUACACAAACAACGAUGAAGCAAAUCUUCCUGUCUACGGCGAUGGUGCUUGUAUCUGGUUCCGGUAAUGUUGUGACAACUUGUCGAGCACUGCAGGAUUGUUGUUCGGAGUCCAAUGUUAUCACCGAGAAGUUAGCAGCGAAGCUGAAAAUAGUACCAAUGGAGUUGGAUCCACCGAUAGUGAUAUGUGGUCUAAACAACAUGAAAACGACGACGAAUAAGUUGAUACAAACGAAAGUUUCAUCUCGUGAUGGAAAAUACAAUACAAUGCUGGAUUUUUUGGUAACCCCUGCUAUUACCGAGCUACCGACAGGAAAGUUCGAGACGCAGCUGUGGCCUCUGCCGCCUGCAAUAGAACUAGCUGAUCCGACGUUCAAUGUACCAGCCGAUAUCGACAUGAUUAUCGGUGCUGAAGUUUUUUAUGACGUUCUCAAAAAGGGACGUAUGAAGCUUGGAGUAAAUUUACCUAUGUUAGCAGAGACAGUUUUCGGAUGGGUUGUGAGCGGACCUGUCAAAACAAGUAAGCAGAUUGGUCAGAAACGUAUUUGCCAAAUGAACAUCACUCAUGAAGAUGUAAAUCGAACUCUCUCCCGAUUCUGGGAACUUGAAACAUGCUACACAACCACUAUGAUGACCGCAGCAGAGCGUGCUGUGGAAAAACACUUUCAUGAUACUCACAUCCGUGGCAAGGAUGGCCGCUAUAUUGUGAGGAUUCCGUUUAAUGAUCUCAAGGGUCAACUAGGUGACUCCUUCGAGAAUGCCAGGCGAAGAUUUGGGAAGCUGAUGGUCAGUUUCGCCAAAAAUCCACAACGACGUGGACCAUAUGCACAGUUUAUGCAAGAAUAUGAGGCCCUUGGCCAUAUGAAGAAAGAUUCUAGCUCUACGACAAAGCUUAGAGUCGUGUUCGACGCUUCAGCGGCAUCCACAUCAGGUGUGUCCCUGAACGAUACUCAGUUAGUAGGACCAACGGUACAGAGCGACCUGGUUACGAUCAUCUUGCGGUUCUGCACUCAUCAGAUAGUGUUGACCGGCGAUAUUCCGAAGAUGUACCGUCAGGUACAAGUACAUGAAGCUGACAGGAAGUUUCAGAGAAUCUUAUGGCUGAACGAGAUGAACCAGAUGACAGUUUUUGAGUUAGCGACAGUCACCUACGGCUGUUCAAGUGCUCCUUAUCUUGCAACACGAGUACUCAUGCAACUUGCAUCAGAUGAGGCGAUGAACUUUCCAAUAGCAUCACGAGUGGUGAAAGAGGAUAGUUAUAUUGAUGACUUCCUGACGGGAGGAAAAACGGCUGCAGAGGUGGUUGAUCUUUUUACGCAACUGAAGCAGAUGCUGAGCCUCGGUGGUUUCGGUAUUCACAAGAUAUGUUCUAACAGCAAGGAAGUUUUGAAGAAUGUACCACUGGAACUACAGGAAACCAGGAUGGAUUUCGAGAAAUCCAACAUCAAUGAUGCGAUCAAGACGUUAGGGCUGAUUUGGCACCCCGACGAAGACUACUUCGUUUUCCAUGUUCCACCGCUGGAAAGCAGUAAUUCGAGACCGACGAAGAGAAUAGUUCUUUCCGAAAUUGGGCGAUUAUUCGAUCCACUUGGCUUUCUAGGGCCAGUGAUUACGUUGGCUAAAUUAACGAUGCAGGAUCUAUGGCGAUUGCAACUUGACUGGGAGGACGAACUCCCUGAGGAUCAGAUGGCAAUUUGGCUGUCAUUUCGUGAACAGUUGGUAUCAGUACGCAACAUUAAGAAGAAGCGAUGUGUCAUUCCAUGUGACGUCACACGAAUCGAGCUACACGGCUUUUGUGACGCGUCGAGGCGCGCCUACGGUGCUUGCCUUUACACCCGAAGUGAAUUCAAAGACGGAUCGAUUAGCGUUCAGCUUGUUUGCAGCAAAUCAAAGGUUUCUCCACUGAAACCAGUAACUAUACCGAAGCUUGAGCUCUGUGCUGCACUCGUGCUAGCUCAGCUUACCCAGAAGACGAUGAAGGCAUUAAAUGUACACUUCGACAGUGUUUCUCUUUGGUCAGACUCGCAAAUCGUUCUGAGCUGCCUGAAGAAAUCUCCGAUGGCAUUAAAUGAGUUUGUUUGCAAUCGUGUUGCGAAUAUUGUUGAGCUUACGCAGAACUAUCAAUGGUACUAUUUUCCAGAUCAACUACUGGAAAAUGAACGUUGGUGGAGAGGGUCGCCAGAACUGUGGCAACCUGGCAUUUCCGUAGUUUCUACAAUAGCGGUACUUAAGGAUGAAGAGCUACCGGAAAUUAAAGUAUCGAAGCAAGUUCUGAUAUCAACGGAGCGGCAACCGCCGUUCAAUUUUACAAGGCUGAGCAGUUUCAAGCGUUUACAACGGGCGUGGGCGUACGUUCGGCGUUUCAUUACCAAUGCACGAUCAAAGAUUAGAAAUACUGAACCCCUAUCGGCGAACGAGUUAGAUGAAGCUGCUCGGACUAUUUUCAAGCUAGUCCAGAGACAAGCUUUUCCUGAGUUGCAGAAACAGUUGAAGGCGAAAUCGAUAAAACGAAAUGAAUAUGCUGGUCUGGCACCAUUCCUCGAUUCCGAAGAUUGUAUUCGAGUCGGUGGACGUUUGAAGAAUUCAUGUAUCCCUUACGAAGGAAGGCAUCAGAUCCUGUUGCCACACAAACAUCAUGUGACAGAUCUGGUUAUACGGUAUCUACACGAGAGGAAUUUCCAUGUAGGGCGGAACGCACUCCUGUCUAUCGUCAGGCAUCAGUUGUGGCCAGUGAGGGCAACAUCGGCUAUCAAACGAGUAGUCGGUCGUUGUUAUCGUUGUUUCAAAUACAAACCUAAGCCGUUGAAUCAGUUUAUGGGGGAUCUACCAAGUUACCGUGUAACACCCGCUGAAGUUUUUGCUAAAACUGGUGUCGACUAUGCUGGGCCGUUCAUGCUCAAGGAUAGUGGAAGGAAGCCAAGAGUCUACAAAGCAUAUGUCGCUGUUUUUAUUUGUAUGGUUGUCAAGGCCGUACAUCUAGAGCUAGUGACCGAUCUUCGGGCUGAAACGUUCAUUGGUGCGUUGCAGCGUUUUGUCAGUCGCCGCGGUCUUCCAAGUGAUGUCUACUCCGAUAAUGGUACGACAUUCGUAGGUGCUAAUCACGAAUUGGCAGCAUGGCGAGAUCUUUUCACUUCACAGCAGCUCAAGGACAAACUCAGCGAGUACUGCAGCUCCAAUGGUAUCACCUGGCACUUCAUCCCUCCUAGAAGUCCUCACUUUGGAGGCAUCUGGGAGGCUGGGGUGAAAACAAUGAAGUAUCACCUUAAGCGCGUCGUGGGAGAAACUCGACUAACCUACGAAGAAAUGGCAACGUUUUUGGCUGAAUGUGAAGCAAUUAUGAAUUCUCGUCCGUUGAUUCCAUUAUCGGACGAUCCGAAUGACCUGCAGGCGCUAACUCCAUCACAUUUUUUGAUUAUGAGGCCGAGCCAGGCUGUACCCGAACCAUCGUAUAAAGAGGAGAAGAUAGGCCGUCUAUCAAGGUGGCAACACGUGCAAUUGAUGAGGGAACAUCUAUGGAAGCGGUGGUCUGCAGACUACCUGCACACACUUCAAACGCGGCAGAAGUGGAAAGAUGGCGUGGUGGACAUCAGAGUAGGAGCUUUGGUGUUGCUGCGUGAUGAUAAUGCACCUCCGCAGCAGUGGAAGUUGGGGCGCAUAACAUCGACGAUUCCUGGCAAGGACGGUAUUGUCCGGGUUGUGUCGGUCAAGACGGCGACCGGCGAAUACGACAGAGCUGUAACUAAGAUAUCUCUGCUUCCGGUGAUUGAACCUGACGAUUCAACGGGGGGAGAAUGA